CAACGUGAUCGAAUUCGUUGAAGCACAACCUACGCGAUCUGUGGCCACAGUUUUAGACGAGAACGAGAGUACAAGGACGAGCAGCUUUUCGUUUGAGCGCAACAUGGUACAGAACAGUUACCCCAACGACGCAGGAAGAGAGAAUGCCGCGAGAGUCUUUGAGCCAGACAGGAAGUUUGCAACGCAGCGGAGAUUGGAGCACCAGAGAGGAAGUCGAGGAUUAGGAGGACUGUCAGGUCCACCCCAUCUUCAACCUCCUGCACCUGGGCGACAUUCCCCAUUUCGAAGAACCGUAGCCACGGAGCCCAAGUUAGAUUGCGACAUGGCUCAGAAAGUCGAGAACUACGCAGCGGAAGUGACCAAGUUGAGACGAGAGUUAGAAGCGGAGAGGCGAAGGAAUGCCACACCCCCGUUAGUCCAGGGCACCAUCAGCUUCUCAGUGGAGUCGGAAGAGAGAACGUUGGAAGUUAAUGCGAGUACGCGAACGAGCAAGAGGAGGCAGGUGGACGAAGACAGGACGGCAAGGAAGAACAAUGUCAGAGACGACAAUAGCGCUGUUACGUUGGCGCGAGUGCAUCAGUCAAAGGAUCCUCCAUCCAAGCGCGGUGACUCGAGGAUUAUGGACGGUGUAAUUCAUGAAGUUUCCGAGUACGACAGCAGUUUUGGACUAGUAGCGCGUGAGGAUGAGUUUAAAGAGCCAAGACCUCCUGGCCUUGAGCUUAGCCGAGUUCUGUGCGGCAGGUUUAGUGAGACGUGGACGGACGAUAGUGAAGAACGAGUGGCAGGAGUGGCCCAGCCUAAAGACCCUCCUAGCAUGCAGAGUAGUCUUUACAUGCAGUACGAGAGCAGUGGCGGAUACAAGUUCGAAGAGUUGAGGCCUCCCAGUCCAUAUCUUACUUCAGACAAGAAGGGCGGUGUGAGGCAGGCGAGUUCGAGUCUUGAUGUGUGGAUGGACUUGGCGAGAGGACAGUUCCAUCGAGAGAGAUCGGCGACGAGAGAGACGGAGAUGUGGAAAGGAAAGGUCGCAGAAAGAGAUGAGGUGAGGCCUUCGGUGGCCGGAACCUCGGGGUCUGUGCGAGGGAAAUUGUACUUCAAGGAUGACCCGAUGAUGAGUAGCGAGAGUAGCGAGAGCGAGGUAGACAGAUUGACCUCGGGAGGAAGGAAGUCCAAGACGACUAGGACUUAG